UUGGUUUUGUGUCUCUAUGACUCUGUCUAGUAAGCUAUGCAUGCACACACACACAUACAUACAUAUAUCAUAAUUGUAUGUAUAGAGGAGAGACAUGUAAAUAGUAAAAGGUAGGGUCUCUUCCCAAAUUUAAAGCCUGCAACAGAAAUGAGUGCACUUCUCUGUAGUAAACAGUAACACAUCGGUCUUCUUCAUGUCUUUCUUUUGGGAUUUCUUUUUUGGAUUUUGGAUUCGCUCUCUCAUCCUUUUAUUUUCUUGAUAGACAAAUAUUUAGAUGAAUGAAGAAGCUCUUCAUCUCUUUCUUUCUCUAUGUGUAUAUAUAUGAUCAUCAUCCAUUUUAAUUAAAGAAGCAACAAAAUAAAAACAUUUUAUUACUAUAAAGAUUUGGUUCUGAAGAUCUAAAAGAUUUGAAAAUGGAUUCGUGUCAUAUACAGAGGGAGCUCCGUACGUGAUUUGGCCCUCCUUCUUUUCAACCUUUCUUCUUUCUUGCAUUUUUAAAAAUAUUUUGCCUCCCCCAUCCCUGAAUUAUAUUAUUUGUUUUAGUAAUAAAAUGUUACUAUAUGUAUAUCUAGUGCUCUGAAUCUUCUACUGAGGCAGAUGAUGAUGAUGAAGAAGAUUCUGGUUUUCUUCUUCUUCUUCUUCUUCUUCUUCUUCAUGAAAAUGUAAUUCCAUUGAAAGAACGAACAUAUAGAGAGAAGCUGCGGAAUGAAAGUACACUGUUCUUUCACCGAGAAAGAAGAGCAAUAAACAGAACUUUCUUCUUCAGAUUUAACACACAUUUUGGAAAUUUUCAUGUUUAGAAAAUUCUGUUUGGAACGUUUUGUUGUGUGCUGAGAUCUUCCCAAGGGUUCUUAAUUAUCAGAAGAAGAAGGAUAAAAGCAUUUCAACAUUUAGUACUAUUCUCCAAAGAUUUGUCUCGUUGAAACCCAAUGGACAACGACAACACUUUUACUUCUCUGGACAAUGUCAUGGCCAACCAGAACCCUCUUCUCAUGGAUUUUAUACCUUCAAGAGAAGAUUCAACUCCUUUUUCAACAAUGCUUCCGUGGAACUCCAUCAGAUCAGAUCCUCUUCAAAUGGCUGGCUUUGAUUUCUUCAACUCUAUGCUCACUAACAAAUAUUUAUCAUCUUCUUCACGAUCUUUCGAUGACGUUCAAGAAAACCGCAAUGUCGAAAGCUUUGAGGUCAUGGCUCCUCCUCCUCCUCCUCCUCCUUUGGAUCAUUUUAGACCUUAUGAUGACUCCUCAAACAACCUGUGGGGUUUUGAAGGAAAUAGUGAGUUUCAGACAUAUUCUGGUGUUGUUGGUCCAAGUGAACCAAUGAUGUCUACAUUUGGUGAGGAAGAUUUCCCGUUUCUGAUUUCGAAUAAAAGAAACAAUGAGCUUUCAUUGAGUCUUGCCACUGAUGUUUCUGAUGAAUGCUCGGAGAUAAGUCUUUGUGGUGCUACUAAUUUAGCCUCAGAGCAAGCUUCUUGCAGCAGCAAAGACAUUUCUACUCAGAGUUUCUCUCAACUUAUAUUUGGCUCCAAGUAUCUUCACUCUGUUCAAGAAAUAUUAUCUCAUUUCGCCUCAUACUCGCUCGAUUAUUCAUCUCGUGGAACGGAAUCCGCGGCUGCUAGUUCAGCCUUUCAUUCACGUUUUGAGAAUCUAACCGAGUUUCUUGAUGAUGAUUCUAAUAACUCAGAGGCGGAGUUUGGAUCUACAUUGCAAAGAAGAGCACUAGAAUCACAGAAAACACAUCUUCUUGAUCUUCUACAAAUGGUGGAUGAUCGAUAUAGUCAUUGCGUAGACGAGAUUCAUACGGUUGUAUCAGCGUUCCAUGCUGCAACCGAGUUAGAUCCGCAGUUACACACCCGGUUUGCCCUCCAAACCAUCUCCUUCUUAUACAAGAACCUGAGAGAGAGAAUCUGCAAGAAGAUACUCGCAAUGGGAUCUGUAUUGGAGAGAGGCAAAGACAAGUCUCAAGAGAACUCCAUGUUCCACCAGCAUUGCCUUCUCCAGCAGCUGAAACGAAAGAACCAUCAGAUAUGGAGACCGCAGCGAGGUUUGCCUGAGAAAUCAGUAUCAGUUCUACGGACUUGGAUGUUCCAAAACUUCCUUCACCCUUACCCAAAAGAUUCGGAGAAACAUCUUCUAGCUAUACGAAGUGGCUUGACAAGAAGUCAGGUAUCAAACUGGUUUAUAAAUGCGCGGGUUAGGCUAUGGAAGCCGAUGAUAGAAGAGAUGUAUGCCGAAAUGAACAAGAGAAAGCUCAAUAACAGUCACCUUCAACCAAACGGAGCAACUCUCCGAAUGCCAAAGUCUGUUAUGAUGAGCCAAGCAAUGCACAAAUAAGAGAACGUUUGUGUUACAGCUCGUGUUAGGCAAUUGUUACUCUAUGAUUGCCCAAAUACUAAAGCAGUUACUACUAUCAUUACUUAUGUUAUAAUUGUAUAUACAACUUCCUUCUUUUGUCUUGACUAUUUCAUUUCAUUAUCCUGUGUUUUAAUCAUUAUAUCAUCCUCAUCAAA